UCGCGCGCAAAAGUGUAUCGUCGGCGCGUCAGGUAAGCGUAGCUGUUGUUAAUUUAUCGCAAACGAAGUAGUGCAAGAGAAAAGUAUCAGCUCUGAAAACGCACGGUAAAGCAAUAACUACAUGAAAGUGCAGGUCCUUUCCUCUUCGCUAGCGUGCUGGAAGCUACACAGCAGGGAAGCCAAGAAGGCAAAGCUCCGGCCAGAAGUUGAGUGUUGCAGUGGCGAAAGGGCUCGUCACAUCACCCCGUGGUGGCCACAGUGGACUACACUACGCAGCACACCGCUGCCAUCUUGGAGGCCGUGCACCGCAGACACAGCUACACAGAGUGCAAAGAUGACAUCCGGCAAUCUUCCCCCAGUGCUCUCGCCAAGUGAGAAGGGAAGUCCAGCUGACAUGUUGCUGGAGCUGGGCCAGUUUUGUGACGUAACAAUUGAGGAGUCUCUGGAAUCUGAACACUGCUUGGAAUCACGAGAGUCGCCAGUGCUCCAAGAAGUGCUGGUAUCCCAGGCUUCCCAGGCCCACCACAACAGGCCACCAUCGCAAGCAACUCUAGCUUCGGCAUGCAGUCAUGAGCAAGAGACAUCAGAAAGCGAUUGUUCUGCAGAAUCAAGGGGAAUGAAAAGGAAAAAUGAAGACGAGGAUCAGUUAAUAGUAAACCAAUUAGGCGAGGUCUCUAGUGCCAUCAAAUCGUGCGAACCACCGGACGGCCUGAAAUAUUUUGCAAUGUCUCUGCUCAAGCACAUGAGAGAAGUCAGAGAAGAAAGACGUCUUGCUAUGCAAAUCAAGUUGUUGCAAGUUGUAAAGGAAUUUAGUGAUUAGUGUUUGUGUUUAGUGUAUGCCUUUUGCAUAUUAAAGCCAAGAGACAAUGAAGCGAAGGAAAGUAUAGGGCAGAUAUAACUGCUUUCAGUUGAAAUGUAGAAGUAACAAGUUGAAAUGUAGAAGUAAAUAAAAUAAAAUAAGGUAAAUUAAAGUGGACGAAAAAGUAACUGGCUGCUGGUGGGAGCAGAACCCACAAUAUUUGCAUUAAGCAUGCAUUGCUCUACCAAUUGAGUUACCGAAAUGGCUAUCUCUCCGCCAACUUUCUUGAGUACAUAUGCAUGUGUACUAGAUUUGGCCCUGGUAGUGUUAACCAGUGUUACUUGCUGGAUAACAUUCUCAGGACCAGUUCUAGUACACAUAAGUAGUUUAGGAAGUUGAUGGAGGGAUAGCUGUCGCUGUAGCUCAGUUGGUUAUGGGCCUGGCUCCCAUCAGCUGCAAGUUAUCUUUUAGUCCACUUUCAUUACCCUUCUCUUAUUAAAUGUACAUUUUAAAUAAAACCACAGUUAAUUUCUUCUAUGAUUUCUUUGGCUUCAUUGUCUGUUGUUUUUUUAUCAAGCCCCUCAGUUCCUCCUCUUGUCGUUCAAUUUGUGUAGUGCUGUAUUUGUAUUUUUUACCAUAAUAAUUAAAAGAAUUUCGUGAAGGUGAUAUUUGUGGGCAUAGUUGGUUAGCCAUUGUUGCUGUAGAGAGACAUGUGCGAACAUGUAGCGACACACCUAUGAACGCAUAAACAAACCAAAGUGCUGACUUGCAUGUAAAUGUUUGUUGUCGCAAGACAGGCAUUUAUCUGUUUGAUGUGUCCCCACUCUGAUCUCAUCAUGCGAUUGAGCCUGUCUUGCAGCAAUGUGCACCUUUGCUCGUCUCCAAGUUUGUGCAUGCGUUUACAAGCGCCUUAAUUUCCUUUACAAAAACAAUUUAAAGGGCCUUUCACCAGUCCCCAUUGGUAAUUUGGUUUAUGCACUGCAAGUUGUAAAAUGUUGUCUCGGAAGCGGUCCACCGCAUGUAUUUUUCAAAUUGAUUAUUAGAAGAGAUAAGAGAAAUUGAAAUGUCACGCCGCCAUGCAACCACAUGCCAAGCGUCGCUGCCAACGUAGACAGCUCUCCCUUUGCCUCGAGUAGCAUCCACACGCCACAUUCCUUCUCUUUGCCUUCUCCCAUACCAGAGUUGGGUGGCCACACCAUGUUUACAUCAUGAGGUCCGCGUCCUUCUUUCUUUUUCUUUUUUCUUGCUGCGUUGUGCGCUUCCAGUGGUGGCUUGGCAUGUUCUGCAUUGAAUGAUUGGCUGAAGUCAUUGACCAUAAUCAGUAAUGUUGAAGGCAGUGUGUUAAUGAGGCUUUUGUACAUGUGACCCUGCUUCUCUGGCAGGAAGCAGGGCUACCUUGCAAAGAACCGUAAACCGGGGCUUUUGUUUGAAA